AUGGAUUUUAAAAUGCAUGAAUACACACAUGCAGUCGUUGGUAAAGUAAUUCCAGCACUUAAGCUAACUGAUAGAGCUGACUUGAAUGACGCCCGUCGUCAAUAUGAUUAUUAUUUAAGAUUAUUAAAAGAACUAAAUUUGGAAAUUAUUGAAGUCGAAACAGAUGCCUAUUUUCCGGAAAAUAUUAUCUUUGAAGAUAUAGCUAUCGUUUGCCAUGGCAUUAUGCUUUUGCCAAGACCAAUAUCCAGCACUGAAGAAAUAAUAAUGACGGCACUGAAAGAAGUCAUGCAAAAUGAACUUGGACAUACUGUUAUUGAAGUCAGUGAUCCAGAAGCCAAGCUUGCCGGUUCCGAUGUCUUAUUCACAGGCCGUGAGUUUUUCGUAGGCAUUACUGAGACCAGCAAUGAGGCUGGAGCCAGCGCACUAGCUGAGGCAUUCCCAGAGUUUCCUUGCACACCUAUAAAGGUGUCUCAAGGGGUGCGUCAUUUGAAGAAGUACUUCAGCAUGGCAGGGCCAGAUAUUCUGUGUGUGGCGUCCAGCAAGGAGGCUAAAGAGAUGCUGAAGAGGAUAGAAAGAGAGGCCACAUUUACCUAUCAGACCCUCACUGUCCCUGAAGUAGGGGCUGCCAAUUGUUUGUAUGUGAAUGGUACUCUGAUACAUCGUGCAAUAGAAGAGAUACCAGAAUCCUUUAAGGUAUUCUGUGAAAGAAUUGAUUUCGCUCGUCGGUCGAUAUGCUUCUCAUCACUUGCUAAAGUUUCUAGCGGACUCACAGCAUGCUGUCUUCUGGUGAGGAAACCUUAA